AACAAAAUAUCGAACUUAUCGAUUCCCCCUGAUAAACCAUUAACAAAUCUAAUUAUAGAACAAGAAUUACAGCAACAGAUUGCCAUAUCGACUGGAGGUAAUAAUUCAGCUAUGGUAGUUGAAAACUCAAUGCAAGAUAUUGACAUUUCUAUCAAUGAUUUGUCUCCAGUUUCAGCGCAGACCAUACUUCUACCAGACAUAACAGAUGUGAACUUACUACAUAAAAUUCUCAAAUCUAGAAAAAUUAGAACGCUUUUCAGUGUGGUAAGAAUAGAAAAAAUUAGACAAGUUUCAUAUAGCGCAAAUGCAAUUUCUAGCCUCAGUUAUACACAAAUUCAAAAUAUCAUAAAUUAUGUUAGCGAACGGAUUUCUGACUCAAAUAUUCCACCAACUAAGAAAACCUUGGAGGAAGAUAUUAUAACUGAGAAUGGCAAACAAUCGCUAGAGACUGAGGUGGGUAUACCUAUCAAAUCUCACGUUUCUCCAAAAAACUACCCUGAAAUCAAAGUGAGUGCAUCAUUUAAUCCAACUCGUGAUCGUGCUUAUUUUCGUAAUAAAAUAUUGGGUCGAUAUCCUGAUAUACAUAGAGAAUUUAGUAGUGAAAAAUUCGAUUAUUAUGGAAUUAUUGACAA